AUGUCAUUCAACAAAAGCAUAUAUAAUCCAGUGUACUUCAUGCCUGAGGCUCAUGUUAUUGAGGAGAUUACUUCCACUGUUUGGAAGAGUUUAAAUCAGGAAUUCUUACAUGUUGAGAAGAACCUUGUUGGGAUGGAUCAACGAAGGGCAUCUUCUACUUGUACUUCUAUUGGUUCAUGGGAUUAUGAAAAAGGGAUUCAUACCUUUAGAUUGGAUGAGAUCAGGGGAGAAGACGUUGCAUCAGCUCUUUUUAAAGCUAUUGAGAAGUCAAGGUGCAUCUUUGUGGUUCUCUCAAAAUGCUUUGCCCACUCCAGAUGGUGUUUGGACGAAUUGGAGAGGAUCAUGGAGUGCAGGAACCAAAAUGGAAAAGUAGUUCUUCCAGUUUUCUAUCAUGUGGAUCCUUCCGAUGUGCGAAAGCAGGAAGGGUGGUAUGGAGAAGCAUUAGCCCAACAUGAAUCAAGAAACAUUUUUGGCCACAAAACACAGAGAUGGAGAGCAGCUUUGAGGGAAGUGGGCAAUCUUUCUGGAUGGCAUGUACAGAAUGGGUCUGAGGUGGAUUAUAUUGAGGAUAUUACUUGUGUUAUUUUGAUGAGAUUUAGUCAUAAACUUUUACAUGUUGACAAGAACCUCAUUGGGAUGGAUUAUCAUUUGGAAGAAAUGGAAGAAAUUUUUCCACAGAUGAUGGACUCAAUAUCAAAUGAUGUUCGCAUGGUUGGGAUCUAUGGACUUGGAGGAAUUGGUAAGACAACUAUUGCCAAAGUUUUAUAUAAUCGAAUUUCUGCUCAAUUCAUGAUUACUACCUUUAUUGCAAAUGCUAAAGAGGAUUCCAAAAGUCAGGGUCUACUUCAUUUACAAAAGCAACUCCUUCAUGAUAUCUUGCCAAGACGAAAGAACUUUAUAAGCACUGUUGAUGAAGGGAUCCAUAUGAUAAAAGAUAGGCUCUGCUUUAAAAAGGUUCUUCUUGUGCUUGAUGAUGUUGAUGAUUUGAACCAAUUGGAAGCCUUAGCUGGUGAUCAUAAUUGGUUUGGUCCAGGAAGUAGAAUUAUUGUAACAACUAGAGAUAAGCAUUUGCUGGAGGUGCAUGAAGUGGAUACAUUAUAUGAGGCUAAGAAAUUAUAUCACAAGGAAGUUGUUGAACUCUUUUGUUGGAAUGCGUUUAAACAGAACCACCCCAAGGAAGAAUAUGAAACAGUUUCAAAUUUUGUGGUACAUUAUGUUAAUGGUUUGCCAUUAGGUCUUAAAGUUUUGGGUUGUUUCCUAUAUGGCAAGACAAUACGUCAAUGGGAAAGUGAAUUGCAUAAACUAGAAUGGGAACCUAACCAAGAAAUUCAAUGUGUGCUUAAGAGAAGUUAUGAUGAAUUAGAUUGCACACAACAUAUAUUCCUAGAUGUUGCUUGCUUCUUUAAUGGAGAGGAUAAAGACUCUGUUACUAGAAUCCUAGAGGCUUGUAAAUUCUAUGCAGAGAGUGGAAUGCGAGUCCUUGGUGAUAAGUGCCUCAUAAGUAUUGUAGACAACAAGAUAUGGAUGCAUGAUUUGUUACAACAAAUGGGGCAACACAUUGUUGGACAAGAAUUUCCUGAAGAACCUGGAAAAUGGAGCAGAUUGUGGUUUCCUGAUGUUGGAACAGAGGCAAUUAAAGGCAUACUCUUGAACUUGUCUAUACCAAAGCCGAUACACGUUACUACUGAAUCCUUUGCAAUGAUGAAGAAUCUUAGUUUACUCAAAAUCUAUUCAGAUUAUGAAUUUGCUUCGAUGAGGGAGCACAGUAAAGUAAAGUUGUCCAAAGACUUUGAAUUCUCUUCUUAUGAGCUAAGAUAUCUCUAUUGGCAAGGAUAUCCUUUGGAAUCUUUGCCAUCAAGUUUUUAUGCAGAGGACCUUGUAGAACUUGACAUGUGUUAUAGCAGCUUAAAACAACUUUGGGAAAGUGACAUGCUUCUUGAAAAGUUAAAUACCAUCAGAUUGAGUUGCUGUCAACACCUCAUUGAAAUUCCAGACAUCUCAGUUAGUGCGCCCAAUCUGGAGAAACUAACUCUUGAUGGUUGUUCAAGUUUGGUUAAGGUUCACCCAUCAAUUGGAAAGCUGAGCAAGCUUAUUUUGUUGAAUUUGAAAAACUGCAAAAAGCUUAGAAGUUUUCUGAGCAUCAUCAACAUGGAAGCGCUUGAAAUUCUUAAUUUGUCUGACUGCUCAGAGCUCAAGAAGUUUCCAGAUAUUCAAGGUAACAUGGAACAUUUAUUGGAGCUUUAUUUGGCUUCAACAGCUAUCGAGGAACUUCCCUCCUCAGUUGAGCAUCUCACUGGACUUGUUUUAUUGGAUCUGAAAAGGUGCAAAAAUCUUAAGAGUCUUCCCACAAGUGUUUGUAAGUUGGAAUCCCUUGAAUAUCUCUUUCCCUCUGGUUGUUCAAAACUAGAGAAUUUUCCAGAAAUGAUGGAGGAUAUGGAAAAUUUGAAAGAGCUUCUUUUAGAUGGAACAUCAAUAGAAGGGCUACCCUCUUCUAUUGACCGUCUAAAAGUCCUUGUUUUAUUGAAUCUGAGGAAUUGCAAAAAUCUUGUGAGUCUUCCAAAAGGCAUGUGUACAUUGACAUCUCUUGAAACACUCAUUGUCUCUGGUUGUUCACAAUUAAACAAUUUGCCAAAGAACCUUGGGAGCCUGCAACAUCUAGCGCAGCCCCAUGCAGAUGGAACUGCUAUAACACAACCACCUGAUUCAAUUGUUCUUUUGAGAAACCUCAAAGUAUUAAUCUAUCCUGGAUGUAAAAGACUAGCACCUACAUCAUUGGGUUCGCUCUUUUCAUUCUGGUUGUUGCAUAGAAACGGUUCAAAUGGGAUUAGUUUGCGUUUGCCUUCUGGCUUUUCUUGUUUUAUGUCCUUCACAAAUUUAGACCUAAGUGACUGCAAACUAAUAGAAGGAGCAAUCCCCAAUAGUAUUUGCUCCUUAAUCUCAUUGAAGAAGUUAGAUCUAAGCAGAAACGAUUUUCUAAGCACACCUGCUGGCAUCAGUGAACUUACAAGCCUAAAAGACCUCCGAUUGGGGCAGUAUCAGAGUCUCACAGAAAUUCCAAAGCUUCCACCAAGUGUCCGAGACAUACAUCCACACAAUUGCACAGCACUUUUACCAGGCCCAUCAAGUUUGAGGACCAAUCCUGUGGUGAUAAGAGGAAUGAAAUACAAAGAUUUCCACAUAAUUGUGUCUUCCACUGCUUCCGUUUCCUCUCUAACUACUUCACCAGUUUUGAUGCAAAAGUUGUUUGAAAAUAUUGCAUUUAGUAUUGUUUUUCCUGGCAGUGGAAUUCCUGAGUGGAUCUGGCAUCAGAGUGUGGGAUCUUCUAUUAAAAUAGAGCUACCUACAGAUUGGUAUAAUGAUGACUUCUUGGGAUUUGCUCUCUGCUCUGUUCUUGAACAACUUCCUGAGAGAAUUAUAUGCCAUUUGAAUUCUGAUGUUUUUUAUUAUGGAGACUUGAAAGACUUCGGUCAUGAUUUCCAUUGGAAAGGCAACCACGUUGGGUCAGAACACGUCUGGCUGGGUCAUCAACCAUGUUCCCAGUUGAGGUUGUUUCAAUUCAAUGACCCCAAUGACUGGAAUCACAUUGAGAUUUCUUUUGAAGCAGCUCACAGAUUCAACUCAAGUGCAUCCAAUGUGGUGAAAAAGUGUGGGGUAUGUCUUAUUUAUACAGAAGUCCUUGAAGGAAUCCAUCCAGGAAAUAGAAAACAACUUAAAAGUAGGGGUUGUAAUGUAGUCGAGAGAAGCAGUGACAGAGCAGGAUUCAAUCGAAGUGGAAUGGACUCUAGUUAUAGUGGCAGCCAUGACAGACCCACCAACCAUCCCACGCUCAAGCUCAAGCUCAAGCUAUAG